AUGGAGGACGUGGUCGCGCUGAGCUUUCUGGCGGGGAACGACUUCCUGCCCACGCUGCCCUGCGUGGAGGCGGGCAAGCGGCCGCCGUCCGAGUGGGAGCGGCUCACUGCGGCGGGCGACGGCGUCUCCCUCGGCGAGCUAGCGCAGGCGCGCCGGGCCGAGUCCCUGACAUGCCCGGGACAUGCGGCUGAGGGGCGGCCACCCCCCGUGGACGGGUGGGAGGGCGACGCGGGCAAGCGGCUUCGCGGGCGGGUGGCGGCAGACUUUCUGGAGGGGGUCGCGUGGACGUUGCGGUACUACUACGAGGGGCCGGUCGGCCACCACGGCUGGGCGUGGUUCUACCGCUGGCCGUGCGCGCCGCUAGCCGUCGACCUCGCGAGGGCGAUGCCGCGCCCGCUGCCGCGGCGCGUCGGCGCGGCGCUGCCGUGCGUGACGCCGCUCGAGCAGCUAGGGAUGGUGCUGCCGCAGCCGUCGAUGCACGCGCUGCCCUCCCCGCUGCGCCAGCUGCCCGAGAUGCUCCCGCUCGCCUUCCCCGACGCGGACGCCUGCCGGCUCGGCGUCGACUACGACGGGAAGCGCUUCCGCUGGCAGGGCACGCUCGCUCUCCCCUUCGUCGAGGCAGAGCAGCUACGCACCCUCUACGAGGCCUUUCGGCCGGCGCUGCAGCCGCACGAGACUGCUCGCGACGAGGUGACGCCCGCGACGCUGUACGUGCGCCCCGAGCUCGCCGCCGCCCUGUCGGCCGUGUCGCCCCCCCACCCUGGGCUCGACGUGCUCGCCGCCGGCGGGCUGCUGCACGCGCGGGUGGACGUGUCCGGCCUGGCCUCCCAGUUCCCCACCUCGUGGGGGGAGGCGCCGCCGCGCUGUCGCUUCUUCCUGGCGGGCAAGUGCGCCAAGGGGAGCGCAUGCCCCUUUUUGCACGAGAAGGGCGCGGCACGGCUCGAGGAGAGGCGGCAGCGGCCCGAGACCCGGGCUGUGUGCCGCGACUUGCCGGCGGCGCUGGAGGCGCUCGCGCUCUGCGCAACCUCCGACGGGGCGGGCGAGGGGGGUCGAGAGGGGCGAGGGGCGGUGCUCAUCAUGCGCGGCCUGCCGGGCUCCGGCAAGAGCUCCGUCUCGCGCGCCGUCACGGAGCUGCUGGCGGCGGAGGGCGGGGCGGUGGCCUGCUCCGCCGACCACUUCUUCGAGCGGGGCGGCGUGCUGAGCGAGGCGGAGCUGGCGGGGCUGGGCGCGUGCGAGCGGUACCGCGCCGCCUUCCGCACGGACCUGCUGGGAGAGGCGCACGCGCAGUGCCGCGCAGCCUUCGACGCCGCGCUGGCCGGCGGCGUGCCGCUGGUGGUGGUAGACAACACUCACAGCCGGCGCGGAGAGUACGACUACUACCGCGCCGCCGCCAAGGAGCGCGGCUACCGCCUCGCCGUCCUCGAGCUGCGCUGCGCGUCGACGGCGGAGGCGAGGUCCUUCCACGCGCGCUGCUCGCACGGCGUGCCGUGGGCCGUGUACGAGUCGAUGCUGCGCCGCUGGGAGGCGGACGAGGGCGCGGUGCUCCUCGCAGCGUCGCCAUCGGUGGCCG